UAGAAGCUCCACAUCCAUCUGUGGCCCCAGAGUUGAAUGGUUUGGAAGAGUGACGGCCGCAGGGCUGGAGCCUGUAGCUGACCGCAUUGUAUAGCCAGCUGCUGCCCGGGAACAACUUCACCAACGAGUGCAACAUUCCAGGCAACUUCAUGUGCGGCAACGGGCGGUGCAUCCCGGGCGCCUGGCAGUGCGACGGGCUGCCCGACUGCUUCGACAAGAGUGACGAGAAGGAGUGCCCCAAAGCUAAAUCCAAGUGUGGCCCCACGUUCUUCCCCUGCGCCAGCGGCGUCCACUGCAUCAUUGGCCGCUUCCGGUGCAACGGGUUUGAGGACUGUCCUGACGGCAGCGACGAGGAGAACUGCAAUUCUCAUCCUCUUUCCACAAUCUCUGUGCCAGACACCACGCAAGAUGCUGCAGGGAACACAAAGAUGGGUCAGACAGAGACCCUGACAUCCUUGAGCUUAUUCUCAACAGCAAACCCCCUGCUCUGCUCCACCGCCCGCUUCCACUGCAGGAACGGCCUCUGCAUCGACAAGAGCUUCCUCUGCGACGGGCAGAAUAACUGUCAGGACAACAGUGACGAGGAGAGCUGCGAAAGUUCUCAAGAGCCAGGCAGCGGACAGGUGUUCGUGACCUCGGAGAACCAGCUGGUGUACUACCCGAGCGUCACCUACGCCAUCGUCGGCAGCUCCGUCAUCUUCGUGCUGGUGGUGGCCCUGCUGGCUCUGGUUCUGCAUCACCAGCGAAAGAGGAAUAACCUCAUGACGCUGCCCGUGCACCGGCUGCAGCACCCCGUGCUGCUGUCCCGCCUGGUGGUCCUGGACCACCCCCACCACUGCAACGUCACCUACAACGUCAACAACGGCAUCCAGUACGUGGCCAGCCAGGCCGAGCAGAACGCCUCGGAAGUGGGCUCCCCGCCCUCCUACUCCGAGGCCCUGCUGGACCAAAGACCUGCGUGGUACGACCUUCCUCCACCACCCUACUCUUCUGACACCGAGUCCCUGAACCAAGCUGACCUGCCUCCUUACCGCUCACGGUCGGGGAGUGCAGACAGCGCCAGUUCCCAAGCAGCCAGCAGCCUCCUAAGCGUAGAAGAUGUCACCAGCCACAGCCCAGGGCAGCCUGGCCCUGCAGAGGGCACCACUCAGCCCAGGGACUCUGUGCCCAGUGAGGGCACUGAACAAGUAUAAAUCCAGCGGUUCCAAAGUCCACAUGGGCUCAUCGGCUCCAGCUUGUUACAUUCUAGCAACUUGUGCCUAUGAGAAGCUCUUCAAGCUCCUUUAAGGGUGUCUCAAGUUGAAGUUUGGGGUGUCAGCUGCCUCUUGGUUCCUCUCCUUCCCCACAUUUCAGGAAUGUCCUUUGGAGGGAGACCUGGCAUUAUUCAGGCCUCUCAGUUGCCCUGAAACAUUGCCACCUUUCGUGUGAGGUCCCUCUUCCUCUGGGGCCCACCACCACGGCCUCCCACUGCACACGUUGUGUUAAUGUUGGAAUCGCUCUGAGUAGCAGAUGGAAAUGUGCAGCAGCAGGAUGCAGUGGUAUUUCAGCAGUCUGAGAAAGCGGUGUUUCUGUGCUGUGUUGUGUGUCCAGAAGGGCCGAAGACACUGGACCCAAUUCUCUGCUGGGCUACAACCUUCUUAGCUCCACUUGAGGAUCUGGGAUGGGUGGUCCUACCAGGAGGCCAUCCCUGGCUGGUCACCCUAAAAUGCGUCCAGGUGCAUCAUCCUAAGCUUUGCUCUCGCUUCAGCAGAGGCAGUGGCCAAAGAAAACUUUGACACGAGGAUACCCUUUGACUCUCAGCAGGGUCAUUUUGGUUUUGUGAAGGACCAUCCACCCCAGUUAGGUUCUGGCUUUAGAAAUCUUCCCCAGAAUCCUUGUUGGGAGAGCUUGUUCCAGCAGCAUGGCUCAUCCACCUCGACUCAGAAUCAGCAGAGAGGUGCCUUCUGUGAGUCUGAUCAAGUUCUUCACUCCUAACAUGCUGCCAGAACCUGGUCCUGCUGUGGCCCCACAGUCCCCUCCCCUUCCAGCUGACCUGCUGUAGCCCAAGGAUGAGGACCCAACUGGAGUUAGCCAAUAAUCUGAUCUGGCCCUUUUUCCCAGUAGACCGCACCAGCCUGUCUUGCUCAGCUUUGACCCUUGACUCUUCAGUUCCCUCAACACCCCAGAGUCUUAUUUUCCCUGUGCAUUUGGACCUGACGACAUAAAAGCCAUACUCAGUACCUCCCCUGAGAGCUCCCAGCAACCUGUGCAGCGCACGCCCUCCCUCCCAACGUCCAGGACCAGCACCCCAAGUUAGGGUUAGGGUUUGGGUCGGGUCCCUCCUCACAUCCCAGUAGAAUUUCUCCUCUGAGACACAUGGGCAGUAGACAGUUUGGAGUCAAGAUUUUCCAUUUGGAUUUUUAAAAAUCUCUUAGAAAUGCAUUUGAAACAGUGUGUUUGUUUUUUUCCCUUCUAGUUAAGGGACUAUUUAUAUGUGUAUAGAAAAGCCGUCUCUUUGUUUUGUUUUGUUUUUUUCUUUAGUAAGGUCCAAAGAAAAAUGCAAAAUGAUAAGUCACCCCUGGCUGACCCGUGUGCCCAAGCAUCUGCGCGUUGCCACACUUGAAGGUUAUUAUUUAUGGAGUUCUUGAUGGAUGCAGAGAGAGAUGCGUCCUUCAGGUCUAGUCUAUAUUUAUGCUUGUUUUCCUUUUUCUCUCUUGUCUAACCAGCCACAGGGCCCACCCUGUGAGGGAGACAUGGGUAAAAACUUAAGCAUUGUUUGGCCAGAAACCGCCCCAAGGAGGGACAAAACUGGAACCAGGUGGAGCCACUCUGGGCAGCUGUCACCCAUUCAAGCCUUCUUUCCACAGCAGAAGAAAUUGUCAGUAACCUAUUUGACGCUAAUUAAAACAGAGCCUGCGGGAAGCAGGUGAAGAAGUGGCUUUCAGGACUCUUUCUGUAGACUUUGCUUUUUUUUUUAACCAAAUCCAAAGUACAUUACAGGAAAGCUAGCCACUGGGUUUUGUUUGUUUUGUUUUGUUGGUUUUUUUUUUUUUUUUUUUUAAGUAAAGGAACCUGCUUGCUUGUGUCUUUCAUUUUUAAAAUAGCACUUGAGUUAUUUCCUGAAUAAUCCCAUAAAAAUAACUUGGAUGGCAGACAGUGUCUGGCUGCACAUGCCAUCUCCUGUGAGUCAGAGUGGCUUUAUUUUGUCCCUUUGAUGGGCCCCUGCUUCUUUCUGGUGCUCUGGAAGAUGUUUAGAGGAAAGGAUUCUAAUUUUAAUUAAUUGUGCGCUGAGUUAAUCUCACCCGCUUUUCUGCUUCCAGGCAUCUUAGAAAAAACAAAUGGUUUUAGGAGAUAAGGGGAGCCUAUUAAUGCUGUUUUUAAAAACAAACACAGGGACAUUUUAUUACAGAUUUGAGUUUUAAUGGAUUUUUUAUUUAAAAAAAAAUAUAUAUAUAUAUAUAUAAAUAAGACACCAAAGCUGCAGGAUUUUGAAUCCCCCACCACCCCAGUCAAGAUGUCAAAUAAGUGGCCAGCAAUAUUUUUUAACUCAUUCCAACCAGGAUUAUGUUUUUACAUACACAUUGCCUAAAUCUACACCAACCAGAAAACGAUCCCUCCUUUCUUUUCUCAGAUGAGAUCAGUGUUUAUUUUAGCAUUAAGAUAGUUUCACUGUGAUUGCUAGCUUAUUGCCUGACUGUACUUCCUCUACCUUAAAAUUGAUGUUUUUUUUUUUUUUUUUUAAUGUAACUAAGUGGUUAAUAAAUAAUGUGUGAUGUUCAGAGUUAAUGUAAACUGGAAAGGUUGUGUUUGGUUGCUUUUUGUCUUUUAAUUAGGCUUGGUUUUGGUUUUUUAAAAAAUUUUUAUACUUUCAAAUAAACUUACAGUUUCAUUCUUUC